AUGUCGAAUGCCUUCCUAUUUCGCUCUACAGUAUGGGAAGAGAGAUCCACAAAAGCCAAGGCUCAUAAACGUGAUCUUCUAAACCCUGUGCUCAAUCCCCUCACACAGAGACGUUUCUUACCAUGCUUCUUAAUCAUGAGUACUUUCAAUUGUCGAUUUUUGUACUUAGAAGUCGAAGCCUUCCUUGAUCUCAUUCUUUGCAAUAACAAAUCCGCUAUUCGCAAUUUGGAGUUGAGUGCACCGUUAGGCAGUAGCGAUAACGCAGUAAUCACUCUCGAUCUCAAAUUUCUGUUCGUGCAACCAGAGUUGUGCUCAGACAUGAUUUCAAGAGCGGGAACUACCUCAGUAAGCACAAUUUCUACUCCUCUUAAUACAAGUGGAUUGCUUGCUAUUGCUGAUAUCGACAAGGCGAAAACUUUAGCUGGAUCUCUUCUGGAGUCCAUGUUCCGCAACAUGGAAAGCCUAGGAGCUAUUUAG